AUGGAUCCAACCUACCUCGCAACGCCGCCUGGUCAGCGACUCCAAUCCCCCAGUCUGCCCUCGUCUGUGACAGCAGUCAAUUCAGCCUCGAGCACCGCGAGUUCGAGCUCCUCUUCUCGCGCCGUCGCCUCCACGCGCGCUGCCACGGGUGAGGCAUCAUCUUCCCUGAGCAACAGCUUUUCUCGCCCAUCUCCCGGCAAGCGUUACCAAAAGCCCCAGGAGUCCCCCACUCGCAGCUCUGUCUACACUCGCCUACGUCUGCCAACAAAGAGGGGCAUCUUGCGCUGGCUCCUUGUUUUCCUCGCCGUGUUGCUCUCUGCCCAAGUCUUAGUCUUCCUCAGCAUCCGUUCCUCCUCCCGCAACGACAACCUCCUCUCCCAUCUCCCCAGGGAAUGGCGUCACCCACUUGGUGCAAACAAGAACAGAUACAUACCUCGGAAAUGGCUGGAAGAAAACUCAUACCCAAACGACCUCCGGAAGAAGAGUCCCAAGGCUGCGUUGAUCAGUCUUGUGAGGAACGAAGAGCUCGACGGGAUCUUGCAGAGCAUGCGGCAGUUGGAGUUCCAUUGGAACAGACGGUAUCAGUAUCCGUGGGUUUUCUUCAAUGAGAAACCGUUCUCGGAAGAGUUCAAGGCCGCGACCUCGAACGCAACGUCAGCGCGGACAGAGUAUCACCUCGUCCCUCGAGCCCACUGGGCCACGCCCUCGCACAUCAACCAGACGCUCUACCACAACUCGCUCGACUACCUCUCUCUGACCUCGGUGGGCAAGGGCCACUUGCUCAGCUACCACUCCAUGAUCCGCUGGCAAUCGGGUCUCUUCUACCUGCACCCGGCCCUGGCGUCGUACGAAUACUACUGGCGCGUCGAACCGGACGUGCAUUUCUUCUGCGACAUCCCCUACGAUCCCUUCCGAUUCAUGAAGGCGACGGGGAUGGCGUACGGCUUCAACAUGGCCAUCCUGGACGACGCGCGGAGUUUUGCCUCGCUGUGGUCCACGACCCGCGAUUUCAUUACUGCCAACCCUGACCUGGUCCACCCGGACGCGAGCCUCGACUGGCUCCUGGACCCGCAAACGGGACUGACGUACAACAACUGCCAGUUCUUCUCCAACUUUGAGAUCGGCUCGCUCGAGUUCUUUCGCGAGAAUCAGGGCAAUCGGAGGUAUUUCGACUGGCUUGAGGAGAAGGGCGGGUUCUACUACAGUCGUUGGGGUGACGCGCCUGUGCACACGCUGAGCGUGUCCAUGUUCCUUCCACCUGAGCGGGUGUGGUGGUUUCGAGAUAUUGGGUACCAGCACGAUAUCGCAAGGCAUUGUCCGCCGCAGGGGCCGAGGGGGAGCACGAUUACGGGGGAAGAAGAUGGAGUCCGAUUCUGGCUCCCCUCCGCCCAGGCCCGACAACGACCGUGCACAUGCGAGCCGACCUCUCUGGACGAGAACUUUUACAAGCUCGUCCCCAUGGAGUCGCCGCAGCUCAAGCCUGCCGACACGUGCAUCCGGCUGUGGUUGGGCGGGAAGUGGCUGGGGAAAAAAGCCGGCUGGAGUCAGGAGACGGAGAGGAUGUUGGGCGGGGACGGAUAUGGUGGGUACGUGAUGGAUGGGAUGUGA